AUGAAUUCUCUCGAAGCUGUUCUGCCUAUACCUGUGGAGAAGCAGGAAAACAAAGAUGCGAAGGAGUAUGCCACUGCAGUACAAUUAAGGCUACGUCGUGGUCCUACUUACCUUGAUGUUGCUGGUGCAGCUACCUCGCUCCUACUUGUACUUGAUGGGGGGUGGAACAACAAGUACAAGGGGAACGAACCUCUAUUUUUUGGGGGGGUCGCUAUGUUGAUCUAGUCUAGAAGUCGUAAAGUAGUAAGCGACUCCGUUUCAUCCACAGAACAAGCCCAAGCUCUACUAAUACAAGGCUUUCGCGAGAAAUACCUUUGUGCUAGCUCGCAUGCGGGAGAUAAAUCAAAGGGUCUGCCAGUGCGCAAACAGGAAGGUCCUACGGCGCCAGUGGUCUACGAUGCUGGACUGCCUUCCGUAGUUACAUGCGCCUCCCAAGCAGGGUCAAAGGUCAAAGCUGCGAAUUUAUGGUCAUUUUUGAUUAUGCAUAUUUUAUAGGUGUUUGAAAAUCAUUCAUAUCGUAACUCCUUUGCCGAGUACAAUCAGAGUGAAUCACUCUGAUUGUACUCGCCCACCUGCCUUUUCUUUGCAGCUCAAUUAUUUUCGAUUAUGAUCAAGAGCACCGAUUUUGAUCGCCCAACCUCAACAUAUAGAAGACUCUACUUUGCCCUCUCAACACAGUCAGAGGCUAUACAACAUUCUCGUUUUCAUAUCGCGCCGCACAGGGCUACAGCUUAGUAGCGUUAGUCGCCGCUGUCCACGUCCAACAAAGCCUGGAUUGGUUGCGCGAUUAUGCGCUUUCAGUCUGGAUGCCACGCAUGGAGAGCAUUCUCGUCAAAGCCGGAGGCGGUGGGCCUGCAAGUAAUACGGUAGCAGAUCAGCUUCCCCAAGAUUUUGUGAAUAAGCAGAAAUCAAGUCGGAGCAAUCGAGCAAGACUCGCGUCGUGGAAGCCAUUUUUAGCCGCAGCGGCAAUGGAGGGGGCUCAAAAAUUAAUAUAUAUGUUCCUAGUUUUUUGAUUUUGAGGUAGAAGAUCAACCACGACUACUUUUUACUUCUUUUAGAGAUAAGCAAACUACCUUUUCUGAUGUUCUACUGACACCAGUCUUGGGAAGAUGAACAUGAAUGACCACUCACAUCACCUGAGUUCUUUCAGCGAAGCAACCUCUAACGUUCCUCCACCAUGUCAUGAACUAAAUUAUCGACUCUCGUUCAUAUUACGCCAGGGCCAAGGGAGGUCCACCAUCGCCUGCUACAGAUAUUCCGAAUGCCUAUGCGCAUGCCGCAUUAAUCGAAGCUUUGAGUACCACGCCAUCUCAGUUAAGAGUAGCUUGUAUUGUCCGUAUUCAUGCUAGUACUGGAAGUUACAGUUGUGUACAAAGGAACAGUAUGCCAAUGUCAUUUCGCAUUCAUACUAGAUGUUGAUAGGUACAACUACUAGAAUCUUCAAGUACUAAAGAACUCUUUACAAAAGUAGCAUAAGAACAACAUGCCAUUGCCGAGAGGUUGAAGUUGUCUUUCACUCUAACAAAAGACAAGCAAGGGACUACACCGCAGGCGAGGGCAGAGCUGUUCCAGCAAUUAGUAGCGGAAGUUUACCAAUUGGUUGAUGAAGUGCUAUGACACGGAAGCAAACUAUCUCUAUCUACUUCUUGUAUCGUUCAUCUUUUUUCAAUCGUUUUGUCGUGACUGGGUGCAUCAGGAACAUCCAUCCAUUCAUCACUUCCGCUUCCACGACAACAAGUAGUGCUUUUUACGUUUUCCUCCAAACGACCUGAGGUUACUCAUCCUCCUCUCUUCAAGACUCUUAAGUACUCUGUUCAAGACGUUCUUUGACUUGACUCCUCUUACGCAUCCUUCCAAACCCUCUUCACAUUUUCCUUCCUUCAUCCACUACCACCCUCUUCGAGCGGAGCUAUGUGGCGUCUUCGCUGGUGAUAGGGACUUUGGCUCUCAAUUCGAUAGAUCCAGUUCCUCAAGAAAAACAAGUCGAUACGAUCCUACGUGGACAAUACAACUUUCUAUUCGAACAAGGGAAGUUUAAAGGGACGAUACAGUUAUGUUAGCUGCCAUGUGCUUUCCAUAUCCCCAUAUGCCAACUUGUUCGGAAACGACCCGUAACCCUUAGGAGGAGAGCCAUCCCCGCGAUACAGUUAUGUUAGAGUUAGUAGGAUUCACAGUUUUUUAAGUGAGAAACUGAGCGAAGAGAAGCGAAACGAAAAAGUAGAAGUCCGAUAACAGAACACAAAAUUGGAAUCAGAUUGAGGCGUAAUUCUGUCUAAGAUUCUGAUUUUACUAGGUUAAUUAGGUAUAUUUCGACCGAGUUUAGCCCGAUAAUUGCGAAAUACAUAAAUACACGAAUACAUAAAUAUACAUAUAGAAGUAACACAUGAGAAGCCAUUCAUAGUCGACGAACAGAAGUUUAAAGGGGCGAUACAGUUAUGUUAGUAGGAUUCACAACCUAACCUGACCAGAGAGAGAUAUUUUUAGGUAAAUUCUUUCAUUCUCUAGAACCAGAAGCAGAGUAAGUAGGAGUGCUGUCGACACGAGACCCACGUCGAUGCGAACUUCUACAAUCCAAUCAAGACUUCUACCGUCCACCAACUACUCUAAUCCCACAUCUGCAAGAGGCGCAAGAUAAAGCCCUGAAUCAUAUGGGCAAAGCACUAUGUUAAGGCUUGUCCUUAUCCAUCUUCAGAAGCAUGUGGGAGACGUUUUCAAAGGGGAAAAUGUCUUAGGAUCAUGGUCUUCAAGUAGAUUCACUGGGGUGAGCUCUAACUGUGGUGGAUGUCAAGCCUUUUGGAUUUUAGUGUGCAACUCGGAACAAUCGAGUCUGCCUUCGCAGCAUGGACCGACUUCGUUCCAAAGGAAGGGGCUGUAGCUGGACCUACAGCUGGGUACUCAGUAUAGUGACCUUGGACUCUUCAUACAGUAACGACGCGUCACCGGUUAGUGUUUUAUCACUUUUGAACUCUUCGCCAUCUCGCAUCUUCUGUAGUCCUCACAGUCGUUCGAU